GUAUUGUCAUUGAAGUCAAUAGCAUAGCUGUCGCUGUAAUCGCAUUACAAUUACUGCCAUUUUAUCGGUAAAUGUGUUUAGAGUUUGUUUUGUCUAAUUAUUAAUCAUCCGUUUCGGGCGAUAAUCUGGUCAGAGAAACAAAAUGAUGGCAUCAAAGCUACGCAGAAAUCCGUUGAACGGUUUAAUUGUAAAACGUCUGUUGAGCGGCCAGACGGCGGCGGCCAAGAGUUCAGAAGCAGCAGAAGCCGUAAAAUCGGCUCAAUUGAAGACAACGACUCUGCCUAAUGGUCUGGUCGUGACCUCACUCGAAACGUUUAGUCCGGUCGCCCAAAUCGGUGUCAUUCUGAGAGCUGGAUCCCGAUAUGAACCGCAAGACAAGCUCGGACUGAGUCAUACGCUAAGAUCAAUGGCCGGUUUCACUACCGAAAAUCACACCGUUUUCGGUAUUACUCGCAAUAUCGAGUACGUCGGCGGCAGUCUUACAGCUCAUACGACCCGUGACGACAUUGUCUAUAUACUGGAAAACGAUCGCACAUACACUGACCUCAACAUCAAGUAUUUGGCUGAAACUAUUACAAAGCCUGCGUUCAAACGGUGGCAAAUCAAAGAUAACUGCGGCCGACAACGUGUCGAUUUGUCUCAUUUCAAAGAUCAACCGAAUCUGGUUGUGAUGGAAGCCCUCCAUUCUGUCGCUUUUCGCGGCGGACUUCGAAAUUCAUUGUAUUCGCCAGACUUUAUGAUUGGCAAACAUACGACUGAAGAUUUACACAAUUAUGUUGAACAGCAUUUUGUCUCGAAUCGGGCCGCUGUUGUCGGACUCGGUAUCGAUCAUAAACAUCUGCUGGAACUUGUGGAAAAGCAUCUGCCAUUGGCCAGAAGUGAUCGCGGUAAUAGUGGACAAUCGAAAUUUAUUGGCGGCGAAACUCGCAUCGAUAGCAACUCUAACACUACUUAUGUGGCCAUUGCUACUGAGGGAGUCGGAGCGAAAAACCAAAAGGAAAUGAUUUGUUUAGAAUUGUUGCAAAUAAUUCUUGGAACCGGUCCUAACAUAUCAUAUCAGGACGGAAGUCAUACAAAAUUGGGUGCAGCCGUUGCCAAAGCCACUAGCGAACCGUUUGCAGUGUCGGCAUUCAAUAUGAGUUAUUCAGAUACCGGUCUAUUUGGCAUCAAUAUUGCCGCCUCUGCUAAGGACAUCCACAAAGCUGUUAAGGCAGCGGUUACUCAGCUGAGAGAUACGGCCAAAAAUAUCAGUGCCGAAGAACUUAAAAAUGCAAAAAAUAAUUUGAAAGCUUCGUUGUUUUUGUCUUGCGAUGACUACAACUAUAUGAUCGAAGAGAUUGGCACCGAAUCACUCAACUAUGGCAGCGUAUUAUCGUUGCCCGAGUUUCAGAAAGCGCUCGACUCGGUCACUGUUCAGGACGUUACCGGUUUGGCCACAAAGAUUGUCAAAACCAAGGGUGCAAUGGCCUCCUAUGGCAACCUCCAGAACGCCCCCUUUUUAGAAGAUUUGAUUUAAUUACCAAUUGUUAUUCCGUAUAAUAAUUUUGUUUCUUGUUUUUAGCAAUUUAGUUGUAAAUAAAUUAAUAAUUAAUUAAAUUGACAUUAAAAUGCUUAUAUUUGUCGCAAAGAAAAUGUUAUGAAUAAACUUUUAAAAAA